GGGCAGCAGAGCGGGAAAGGCGCGAGAAACUGACGCAAAAGGAAGGUCAAAAACGCGCAGGCGCACUAAAGGGACCCGACGCCCUCGUGCCGUACCAGAGAGAUGUGGGGCUACCUCUGCCUCUAUGGUACGCCGUGAGGAGGAAUUGUGGGAUCCGCUAGUUCCGGUUCCUGAUCUGCCAUUUCGCAGUGAUACAGCAGCAGGGGCGAGGAGCGGGUGGUUCUUGAAGCGGUGAUGCUGUCCACAGCUGGUUACGUCGAGCCGGCCUUCGGGUUGGGGUGUGAGGGGGCUGUCGGGGGCCCAGUCACGCGGCACCGCUUCUCCCCUUAUACGUUCAACGGCGGAACUGUGUUGGCAAUUGCUGGUGAAGACUUCUCUGUUGUUGCCUCAGACACUCGGCUGAGUGAAGACUAUGCAGUUCAUACCCGGGACAGUCCAAAAUGCUACAAACUGACAGAGAAAACAGUCAUUGGUUGCAGUGGAUUUCAUGGAGAUUGUCUUACUCUUACUAAAAUUAUUGAAGCCAGACUAAAGAUGUACAAGCAUUCCAAUAACAAGACUAUGAGUUCAGGGGCUAUUGCAGCAAUGCUCUCUACAAUUCUAUACUCACGACGCUUCUUUCCUUACUAUGUUUACAACAUAAUUGGUGGACUGGAUGAAGAAGGGAAAGGUGCUGUGUACAGUUUUGAUCCAGUAGGUUCCUACCAGAGAGAUACUUUCAAAGCUGGAGGAUCAGCAAGUGCUAUGCUGCAACCUCUGCUCGACAACCAGGUUGGCUUCAAGAACAUGCAAAAUGUGAAGCAUGUGCCUUUGUCCUUGGAAAAGGCUUUGCAGCUUGUAAAGGAUGUCUUCAUUUCUGCUGCGGAAAGAGAUGUAUACACUGGGGAUGCACUGAAAAUCUGCAUCGUCACAAAAGAUGGAAUUAAAGAAGAAACUGUUCCAUUACGAAGAGACUAAAUUUGUGCUUAGUUCAAUUGAAGUCUUCAGUCUGUAAUCUUAAUUUUAUGCAUGCUAUGUACUGGCAUUAUGACAGUUGCUGUAUUAAAAAGGAACAAAUUUGUCUUAA